AUGGCCUCGUCCCUGCGCCGCUCCGCCCCGCUGGUCUUCCCCGCGCCGGGCCGCCACACGGCGACCGUCAUCUUCGCCCACGGUCUCGGCGACACGGGCCACGGCUGGGCGAGUGCCGUCGAGAGCUGGCGCAGGCGGCAGCGCCUCGACGGCGUCAAGUUCAUCCUGCCCAACGCGCCCAUGAUCCCCAUCACAGCGCCGCACAAACCACCUACCCUCAUCACUGCUCCCGCCGCCCCUUCCCGUUCCGUAAGCGUCAUCGACGGCAGCGUCGAGUCGCUGCGCCAAAACGAGGACGACGCCGGCGUCCGCGUCUCGACCGGCUACUUCCACGGCCUCAUCCAGGCCGAGGUCGACGCCGGCAUCCCCUCCGACCGCAUCGUCCUCGGCGGCUUCUCCCAGGGCGGCGCCAUGGCCCUCUUCGCCGGCCUCACCGCCCCCGUCAAGCUCGGCGGCAUCGUCGGCCUCAGCUGCUGGCUGCUGCUGAGCAACAAGUUUGGCGACGAGGUCAAGGACGAGGCCAAGGCCCUCAACAGGGACACAAAGGUCUGGAUGGGCCACGGCGGUGCCGACCCCCUCGCGCGGCCCGAGCUCGGCCAGAUGAGCGCCGACAUGCUCAAGAAGCUCGGCUUUGACGUCACCCUCAAGAUCUACCCCGGCAUGCCGCAUUCUGCCUGCCCCGAGGAGCUGGACGACGUCGAGGCCUUUCUGCGAGCGAGGCUGCCGGCCCAGUGA